CUCUUCUGUGCAUGUUAACAAUGGCAGCAAAUAUGCAAAGCUUUUCAUCUCUUGUUCUCGUUCUGUUGUUUCUCUGCAACACUUGUCUCUCAAACCCUCUGAAGGGCUUCAGUGUGGAAAUGAUGCACCGUGAUUCUGAAAAAUCACCAUUCUAUCGUCCCUCAGAAACUCAUUCUCAAAGAGUUUCCAAAGCCAUUCAGCGUUCCAUAGCUCGUUCCAAUCAUCUCAAAAAACCUUCUGCUUCCAUAGACACGGUUGAAUCCACCGUGAUACCGAAUUCAGGUGAAUAUCUCAUGACCUAUUCAGUAGGAACUCCACCAUUCAAAGUUCUAAGUAUAGUUGAUACUGGUAGCAACAUUGUCUGGUUGCAGUGUAAACCUUGCAUAGACUGCUACGAACAAAACAGUCCUAUAUUUGAUCCUAGAAAAUCCACAACAUACAAAAAUCUACCUUGUACUUCUAGGGCAUGUCAAGCUGUGGGAGCUUCCUCUUGCUCAGAGAAAUGUGAAUAUAGCAUUAACUAUGGUGAUGGAUCACAUUCAGUAGGAGAUCUCAGUGUGGACACCAUAACCCUAAGUUCCACCGAAGGUUCACCUGUCAAACUUCCUAACAUUGCUAUAGGGUGUGGACAUGACAAUACUGGGACCUUUGAAGCCAGUGGUUCUGGCAUAGUUGGUCUUUCUGGUGGAGCCACUUCUCUUAUAUCUCAGUUGGGUUCUACAAUUGAGGGAAAGUUUUCCUACUGUUUGCCACCAUUUUUUGCAGGGUCUAAAUCAUCCAGCAAACUCAGUUUCGGAGAUGCUGCUGUGGUUUCUGGGAAAGGGGUUGUCUCAACUCCUAUAAUCAAAAAAGAGAAUCAAAUAUUCUACUUCCUUACCUUGAAAUCAUUGAGUGUUGGAGGAAAAACAGUAGCUGUCGGAAGCACUUCUUCCGAGUCUGGUGAAGAGGGAAACAUCAUAAUCGACUCAGGGACAACACUCACUCUUUUGCCGAGUCAGGCUUACACAGAAUUUGAAUCUGCAGUAGCAGAUGCAGUGAAACUGGAACGUGUCAGCGACCCGAAUGGCUUUUUGAGGCUAUGCUAUCAAACUGGUUCAAAAUCUCAACAAGAAAUACCAGUAAUCACAGCACAUUUCACAGGUGCAGAUGUUGUUUUGAAACCAGUCAACACCUUUCUUCAGGUUGCUGAUGGGAUCUCAUGUUUAGCUUUUCGUGCAACUGAUGAUCUCUCCAUCUUUGGAAACGUCGCACAGCAGAACUUCUUGGUUGGAUACGAUCUAGAAAACAAAACUGUUUCUUUUAAGCCUACAGAUUGUAAUAAGGAGUGA